AGUCCUUAUUGAUAAGAAAAGGGCAAAUCCUAGUGCAGCGUGCAUGUGUGACCGCGUGUGGUUGGAAACCCACAAGGGGCCAGGAUUUAGGGGACUAGGGCCGGCCGACUGCCAUCCAAACUAGGGCCGCAUUCGUGAUUUUCGCGGGCUCAGUCUCUCGCGCGCUCCUUUCGUUUCCCCUCCCUCUCUCUCUGUACAUGGAAAUGAAUAAGAAAAAGUCCUCGUUAAGGUUUGAAACGAUGAAGCAUAACCCAAAGGAGAAGGGAAAAGAAAGGUGUUUAGAUCUGGGCAACGGCAGUCAAGUUACUUACAUCCCUCGAUUUCUUCCCCUGGAGGAAUCCUGGAAAUGGUUGGAUUACCUCGACAAUCAAAUCCCAUGGACCAGGCCCUCCAUUCGCGUCUUUGGUCAAUCUUGCAUCCAGCCUAGAGACACAUGCUAUAUUGCCAGCGAGGGGUUGCCAGAGCUCAAAUACAGUGGAUAUCAGCCACAUGCUUAUUCUUGGGAUGAGUUCCCCCUACUUAAAGUCAUCUUGGCAGCUGUUCAUGAAGCUCUUCCUGGAAGUAGUUUUAAUAGCUUGCUCUUGAACAGAUACAAGAGUGGCUCUGACUAUGUGGCUUGGCAUUCUGACGCUGAGAAAUUUUAUGGACGAACUCCAGAUAUUGCUUCAGUCUCCUUUGGCUGUGAGAGGGAAUUCUUGUUGAGGAAGAAGCCCAGCAGACUGCCCCAAGAAAAGUCAACAAGCAAGCGGCUUAAGGGCACAUCUUCUGAUCAGCAUUCAUUUAUGCUGAAGCACGGCUCACUGUUGGUGAUGAAGGGCUACACACAGCGAGAUUGGGUCCAUUCGGUACCCAAGCGAGCAAAAGCAGAUGCUAUUAGGAUCAACCUCACCUUUAGAUGCAUACAGAUUUGAAUUGCCUCUUGAAGCCUAAAACUCCAGAGAAAUUUUGAGGAAAUGAGAAGAAAAGAAACAACAAGAAGCCUAAACAGGAUGCAGGCCAACAGGGACAGAAAGAGACAGAAACAAGGAGGCAAAAGAGCGAGAGGGCAACAGAUGGUUCUGAUGGACAUUACUGUGGCGGGUUGGACCAGACCCCAAAGUCAAUAUGAGGUAUUCACUUUUAUCCUUUGUUUUGUGUCCAUAACUUUUUCAGUUCUCCAACAUUCUUGUAAGGUAUUAUAUAGUUUCAAAACUCCCAAUCGGCUAUUGAACUAUUCAUAGUAGUUGACAUGUGAUAUGUACUUACAAAUUGUUUUGAUAGAUCAUGUGCCAGUGGAUCUCAACUGUUACAAAUGGAUCUGGACUGUCCAGUCAGCAUGCCAUCAUCCAGAAAUUGCACUUAUUUGAAGUUAGUAGCCAUUUGAUCCA